AUGAAGUUUUUCAGCCUUCUCGCUCUCGUUGCCUUUGCUAGCGCCGCUCCCGCUUCCGAGCCCGCCAACGAUCUUGUAGAGAGAUUCUCCGGGGGCUGUGGCGUCAAGCAGGCUUCCUUCUAUGGCGAUGCUCAAGUCGCCGCGGCCGCCCAAAAGGCGUGCACGUUAUUUAAAGCCAAGCAAACUGUCGGAUCGAACAAGUAUCCCCACACGUUCAAGAAUGGCGAGAAGUUCAAGUUCAACGGAGUUAAGGGGCCUUACCAGGAGUUUCCCAUCAUUAACACGGGCGCUCUCUACAGCGGAGGCGCUCCUGGCGCUGACCGCGUUGUAAUCACCAGCUCCUGCCAGGUUGCUGGCCUUAUUACCCAUAAUGGAGCCAAGGGGAACAAAUUCGUUCCUUGCUCUGGCACCAACUAA